AUGAGUAGAAAAGGAGUUACAACCAAAAGAGUGAAGACUGCUCCAGACGGCUCUAUCGAGAACAGCGCCCAAACCGUGCAGUCCGGCUGGCCGAGGAACGAACGUUUCACGCUCGGCCAGAAUCUCAUCCGUCCGUCUGAAGUCUCGGCCAAAGUCCAAAACCGUUCGGCCGAACGCAAGUCACGACCCGGGAAACUAAAGCCCGCGGUCGGCCACGCCACAACCGCUCACGCCAAUGCCGCGCACGACCAUGCCGCGCGAGCCGGGAAACAAAGCCUCGCGGCCGCGCAACCUGUCUCGCGUACCAUGGCCGAUGGCGCCGUCCGAGCCAAGAUUUCAUCGGCCAAGUCUUCAUCCGUCCGACCACAACGUCCGACCACGCAUCCGUCCGGCCAGGACCGUUCCGAUCGUACUAGGAGCGGCCAUGAACCGAUUGAUAUACCCAUAUCUUUCAUGUUUUUAUCAAGAUCAUUCCUAGCCACAGCUGGAGCGAUCAUGGAUUGGCCUAAUAGAAGAAUCUCUCUAGCCAAUGUUGACAAGGACACCUUCUACGAUGCUGCACCUCCCGGUUUCUCAUCCAAGCGAUUUCGCUACACAAGUGGAGGAGAGUGCUCGCAAGUAAGAGGAGAGUCGCAUGGCUACUUGAUCAAGGAAGUUCUACAGGACAAGAUGCACUUGGAAUCAUCAGGCAACAGGAAGUUCUUGGAGCCACCAAUCCUACCUAACUAA